AUGUGCUACGGCAGUCAACGAUUACCGUCAAUAGACGACUUUACCGACCCGACCCGAACCUGAACUUCACCAGCAGCUCGGGUCGAAAACCUCCGUGACCGGUUAGCCGAGACGGAGGCGCGGCUUGAGCGAGCUAGGGCUAGAGAAGCCGAGCUGAGCCGACAAUUAGAGGAAAUGAAGAGGUUUGUUUGCGUUAUGGAGAUUUUAGAAAGUUAUCUCAAACACCGUUACAGAGAACAACAAGUUAGAACAGUAAAAGUAAAUUAUGUAUAGGGUAAAAGGUGAAUUCGAAGUAAA